AUAUCCCAGGUUUUGACUAAGUCUGGGAUCCACAACACGAGCAGGACGUGAGCAAGAAAUUCACAGGCCCAAACACAGAGCCUUCCCAAGAAAAGCGAAACAGCAGAUAUGGGGCAUCUCACUUUCCGACAUUCUUUGAAACAUCUGCUUUGAGGGACGUGCUUGGCUAAGGAGACAUAAACUGAACCGAUUUUAUUAGAAAUAUCAUUUUUCUCUGUUGUCUUCUGCUAUGGAGAAUGAUCGUGAGCACAAGAGGAAGCAGCAACAUGGUAUUGCUCUGUUGGACCAGCUCAAUAGGAUGAGGGGAGUAGCAGAAUUGACCGAUACUGUCCUGGUGGCUGAAGGACACAGGUUCCCUUGUCAUAAAGCAGUCCUUGCAUCAUUCAGCCCAUAUUUUAGGGCAAUGUUUACAUGUGGCUUGAUGGAAUGUAACCAAAACGAGGUUCAACUCCAUGACAUAACUGCUCAAAGUGUCUCCAUUAUACUUGAUUAUAUGUACACAUCAGAACUCACUAUCAACAAUCUCACUGUGCAAGUAGUUGCCACCGCAGCCUACUUCAUGCAACUGGAUGACAUUUUUACCUUGUGUCAAAACUACAUGCUAGAGCAUAUGGAUCCUUCAAAUUGUGUUGGGGUAUAUUAUUUCGCAAAGCAUAUCUGUGGAGAAGAACUUGAGGAAAGGUGCAGGAAAUACCUGUACCAACACUUCACCGAGGUUGGCUUACAUGAAGAGAUUUUGGGGAUCGAGUUUGACCAGUUGAUGGGAAUGAUCAAAUCUGAUGACCUUAAUGUUUCUCGAGAGGAGAGCAUCUUGGAUUUGGUCCUAAGAUGGGUAAACCAUGACAAGAAUGCACGCUCAGAAUAUCUUGUUGACCUACUGAAGCAGGUGAGAUUACUACUAGUCAGCCCUUCCUUUCUCAGGGAGGCUAGAAAGAGGAACACUGUGCUCUUAUGCAACUCACGGUGCUAUGACAUAGUCGAGGAAGCACUGGAAACUAUAGAAAAGUCCAAACAGACUUCUCUAAGCCUACGUUAUGGCAUGGAGACCACAAACCUUCUCCUUUGCAUUGGCAACAACGCAAUGGGCAUCAGGUCAAAAUAUGGAAGUUUUGGGGAUGCAAGCUUCUGCUUUGCUCCUGCGACAGGUAAAUGUUGUUUCAUUCCAUCGCCAAAACAAGGAGAGGCAUUAGGCUCUGUCCUCGCUGGAGUGGUUACUGAGAACAAUGACAUUAUUUUGGCUGGAGAAGCAAGCUCUGUGAGGUUGGCAAGGCAGAAGAACAAGAUGGUUGAGAUAUGCAGGUACCACAACCGAGGGAACUACUGCUGGGAGAGGCUUUGCAGCGCCGAGUAUCGAGAGCUUUAUGCUCUUGCCAGUCUCUGUAAUGACCUCUAUCUCAUUGGAGGUCAGAUGAAGUACAAAAACCAAUACGUCAUCACCAAUUGUGUAGAAAAGUUCUCCAUGGAGAAAGAGAGUUGGAGGAAUGUGACCCCCCUGCCCAUUCCGCUGGCUUGCCAUGCUGCCGUCACCUUGAACAACAAGCUCUUUGUCAUGGGAGGAUGGACACCUCAGACAGAUCGCCCUUACGAUGAACCUGAUCGUUUAAGCAACCGAUUGCUGCAGUAUGACCCUGCCCUGGAUAAAUGGACCAUAAUGGCCCCCAUGAAAUAUUCAAAAUAUCGAUUCAGUGUGGCUGUUGUUAACAAUGAGAUCUAUGUCCUGGGUGGCAUUGGUUGUACUGGGCCAGACAGAGGCCAAGCAAGGAAGUGUCUAGAUGCCGUGGAGAUUUAUAACCCAGAUGGAGACUUCUGGAGAGAUGGGCCUGCCAUGCCUUACCCCCUGCUUUCACUAAGGAGUAACGCCAGCAGCGCCGGGACAGUAGAAGGAAAACUGUACGUCUGUGGAGGAUUUCAAGGAGCAGAUCGCUAUGAAGUCAUUACAAAAGAAAUCCUGGAGCUGGACCCGUGGGACAACCAGUGGAAUGUGGCGUGCGUCAGAGCCCCCAUGCACGAUUCAUACGAUGUCUGUCUUGUGGCUCGGCUCAACCCGAGGGACCUAAUCCCACCGCCUAGAGACUUGGUGGAUACCUGAGCAGGAUUUAGAAAGGAAAGAAAGUCUCCUAACUGCCUGUUUAAUUGCCUGUGCUGAGCAGUUUGGAUUUAAUGUUUUAUUGCAGAAAUCUGCUUGGUAACUGCUAUGGGCUGGGGGAAUUUGCAUUAUAGAAAGCAAGGAAAUGAUAAAGAUUAUAUAAAUGUCAGUGUACAGUUUAUCUCCCUUCAUUAGAUUCAGUCCAUUAGUCUCCUCUGUCUUACCUGCCAGAAAUUAGUCCUGAUAAACAGCAGGAAAUAGGGGAUAAAUAUGAUUUUAUUGCCUUUAAGUAAGUGGUAAUUGCCUCCAAAGGGUAGUAUUUUCAGUAUGAUGCAGAGCCAAUAUGCAAUUGGACUGGUUUUACGUGGCUUUUUUUUGUUCCUCAGUUUCCCAGUUUGGAAUUUUAGCAGCUGGUUGCUAGGGUGCAAUUUACCAUAGCAACCAAGCAGUGAUCUGAAUGUGAGAAUGGAAAAAGAAUAGGAGAGUGUUUGGAGAGAAAUAUUAAGUAACAAAGCCAAUAACACUGUAACCUCAC